GGCGGUCAUCCAUCCCGCGCUUUCCUUCUCGUGGAGAAGCCUAAAAGAAUCUUGUUGAAUGAGAAAGCAAGCAACAAGCAACAAGCACAUCAAGUCAAAAUUUAAUCAAAUCACAAUAAAGCUGGCUUUGCGAAAGUAAGAUAUCUAAUAACUCAAGUUACGACUGUACGAAAUCUCUUACCUAACUUCACUCAACCAAGAAGACGAAUAAGAAUGACGAGAAUCGUGGCGGUCGUGUUUCUGUCGUUGCUGAGCUUGGCGCUGCUCGAUGUUCUGGUAGUACCAGUCGAAGCCCGCACUGGUGGACUGGUACGUGGACGCAGUAGUAGUAGCAACUCGAAUGAGUUGAAUAAUCUCAAUCGACUGCUGAAAGAAGACAAGGAGAAAUACAAGGAAGAACCCGUGGCGGCGGAUGAACCAGAUCUAGACGACGAGGAAGAAGAACCAGAAGAACCAGAAGAACCAGAAGACGAAAAGGACAAUAAGGAUAAGGAUAAGGAAGACGACGACAAGGACGAAGACGAGGAAGACGAACAAGAAGUCACUGAAGAUGACGAAAUGCAAACCGAAGAGUCCGGAAUGACAGAUGAUGACGAUAUGGAAACCGAUGAAACGACUGGAGACGACGUGAUUGUCAUUGAAUCGGGAGUCGAAGCUCCUAACGCUACGGACGACGAAGAAACGGUGGCUCCGAGUGCUGGUGGAACGGAAGACGAAGACGAAGAUCAAGACAGCACGACCAUGCAAGAAGAAGCCUCGAACAUGACUAGUACUGGAAACAACAACAUGACCGAAACUGUCGUAUUGCCCGGACAGACAUUCGUCGUACGUUUGCCCUCAUUCGCCAUUACCAUGGACUCGUCCAUCAACCAUGACGAUCUAGAGUUGGAGGAUUACCUACUCAACUACAUGAAGACUGAUCUACCCAACCUCGUUGCCGUUGACGUGGACAUUUACACGGAGGAUGGCAUUGUGCUCGACGACCAAGAUGGAGACAGCAUGGACGAAGAUGAUGAAGAUCAAAUGACCAAUUCGUCCAGGCGCGCCUUGCAAGAACCCACUACUAGUACUACAAGUACCACCACCAAGUACCUCUUUGAAGGUAAUGCCACAUUUGAAGGUCCUCCCAUGAGAACCGAAGACGAAGUCGAAAUGGCCGUUGUCAAGGCACUCAAUGAUACCGACGCACUUGUCGCACAUCUCACGGCCCUGGCACCGGUCAACACCACCGUCAGCCUCACGGAUGUCAACACCGAUUCCGAACAAGUCUCUACCGAAAUUGAUCAAGCCAAGGGCGAAGUCUCGGCCGAACAACCAGAUGCGUCACAGGAACAACAGUCAACAACGACGGAUGGAUUGAGUUCCACCGGAUUGGCCAUUGUCAUUAUUGCGGCUUGCAUUGGUGGAUGUUCUCUUAUCAUCAUUCUCUUUGUCGGUGUCAGUGGGCCUCCUCCAGUCAGGGGUGGUGGCGGCGGAAAAAUGGAAGGAACCUUGCCCGCAGCAGCAACACCGCCACCACCCAAAAAGGAAGAAGCGGAAGAACCCCAACCCGAACAACCAAAGGAUUAA